AUGACUCGAAUCUCCGUCUUUGAGGAUCCAUGGUCGAACGACAGGGCCAAGAUACCGCUUGAGACCUCCACAAUUAAACACAUUCAACUGAUUGAGAUAUUUCUCAAGCUGCUACCUCACUUUCAAAAGAAUGAUAAAAACCAAAUCACAAUAGAGGCUCUUGUCUACUCAGAAUGGCGAUACGUGAACUAUAUACGAUUCCUUGACUAUUACGGCAUGGCAGCCAACGACUUCCCGCCACCAUGGGAUGUCGCAAUGAUUUGGUAUUGCCAUCUUCUCUCGCCUCACCAGUUUCAUCGUCAUCUCUGGGACAGUCAGCACACAUCUUAUGGCUUAAACCAUCAUCAUUUCCCUCUGACGCAUCUGCUCUAUCUGUACAAUUCGGGAAAAUGGUCUCACCCCAAAGCUCGCAAGCAUUGGAACCGUUGGAAUCGCACGAAAAGUAGCCCAGGACUCCCGUUCCAGCUUUGGGACUCUCCUCCAUGGGAGACAAAGCGAAAAUCCAGCCUCUUUUCCAUUUUCUCUGGAAAGCCAUCCUCGAAACCAGCGUCCGGUGAAAAGGCUGAAGAGCCAACCAUCAGGUUUUAUUCCACAUGGUGCCGAACGAGCGGUAAAAAAGAAUGGAAGUUGUCCCAAUACACGGACUUGAGGAGAGGCAAAAGGCCAAUGCUGUGCAUCAACGCCAGUAGACACAGCAGAUAUGGAGCACGGUGCGAGUUGACACCAUGGCCGUCACUGGAAGAUUUUCGCAAUGUUAUAAAUCGACAGACUUGUUUUUGGAAAGCCGUCAUUAAAGCUCGCGAUUCCGAUCCCAACUUUGCCUCAAAGCCCAAUCUCGAGAUAGGCUUAAGCGACUAUGAGAAAUUCAUCAAGCUCCAUGGACAGCCUCCACGGUUACGACAGGUGCCAAACACUAACGUAUGGAGAGUCGACAUGAACGGGCUCCCCAGCCCCGACAAAUGGUCCGAAUCAAGAAACCGAGAAUUCGUGCCGCCAACUCUGUUGAUAGAUCUUCUCUGGCAUACCCAUCGGCUUUAUCCAGCCAGCUACUGGACUUGGAGUUUCAAUACGGCGGGGAGGCUGAUUGACUAUGAACACACAUCUUCGGCAGUAACAGCAAAGAGGUUCUUGGAAGAGACAGAUCUAGAGUGGAAAAAGAGAAACGGGUUUCCUGUGGAAACCCGGCAUACUAUGGAAGAAUUCAGAAAAGAGGGAUAUCUUUAUAUACCGGACGCUGCGAUUGUUCCACCCGGCUAUCCUGCCAGAGUACCAAUAGACUGGACGCUGGGGGGCACUAAUCCUGUUAAAGGGAGAAGAAGGGGCUAUAAAGGGCAAUAUUAUGUAUGUGAAGGAAUUUUCAUAACUUUCGAUGGCGGCUCGGGUGACGGUGGCGGCGGUGGUGAUGGUGGUUGUGGCGGGGAUGGAGGCGGUGGUGGUGGUGAUGGCGGAGGUUGUUGA